AUGGGUUGUUGCUUCAGUAGAGCCACAACCAAAACCCAAAACCAACAAAACCUUAAUUCCCUCAAAAACCAUCAACCCCACCUAAGAUCCUCACAAACCAAAUCAAAUCCAAUCCAUUAUGAAGAAGAAGAAUCUGUCAAAGAAGUUCUCUCUGAAACACCCAUUUCCAAAGCUCCAAUUUUGAAGCCAGAAACAAACACCCAAAUUCCAUUACUUCAAAACCCAUCUCAGAAAUUUGAAAACAAUGGUCAUCAUCAUCAUCACCAAGUUCAAAUUUUGAUACCAGAAUCAAAUACCCAAAUGGCAAUAGUUCAAAACCCAUCUCAGAAAUUUCAAACUAAUGCUCCUAAAGAAGAAGUAACCGAGGUAGUAGUUUCUCAGCUUUCAGAAGCAACUACCAUAACCGAGAGCUUCUCAACUGCUACUACAGCAACUACUGCUACUGUUACUGAUAAGAGAGAAGAUGAAGCAACAAGCAAACAAUGUAACAGAGAUUUCACAACAACGACACACAAAUGGAAUCAAUCUCCAUCAAGGAAGCGUCCUCUCACCGGCGGUGGAAGUGAACGGAGGGUAAAAUCCCCGGCUAGGAGGCCAGAACCGUCGCCGGAGAAGAAAAUGAAGAGCAGUUCAAGGUUAGUUCGUGGAAGAGAAUCAAGUCCUGUGGCGAAUAGGAAACUUAAUGUAGGUUCUGGUGGAGUUCGUCGUGAGUCCGGUGAAGGUUCUGGCCGGAGGUCAAGGUCACCGUCGUGUUCACGGACGGUUAGUGGGUCGGGUAAAGUAGGUGUUGGCGGUGGUCGGAAACAAGCUCCGGCGGUGGAGAAUGGUGUGGAGAAGGAGAAGGAGAAGAAGAGUGAGAGUGAAGAGGUUGGAGAUAAAAACGACAUCGUUUCGCAGGGAGAGUCAAUUGAGAAUCCUCAUGUUUCAAUGGAGUGUUUUAUUUUUCUGUAG